AUGGACGACCGAAGCCAGCGCCAAGAGGGCGCGGUCCCUGCCGGCACCGACACCGACAGUGCCAGCAGCGACGCCAUCACCACGACCUACCCUGAGGCUAAUUCCGGCGACGACACCCGCUCCGAUGGUCACGCAGAGCAGACGGAAGAGGACGAGACCAACGACGAUGAUGGCAUCCCCCGCACUGCCGCCGGCCGCCGCUUCGCCACCAGCCCCAUCCAUCCCGACGCCUCAACAUCGACGCACUACUGCAGCCGCUGCCGGAAGACGCGGUACCGGUGGUGGUUCGAGCGCUUCCCCACCAAAGACCCUCGCAACCUGCGGGGCGCCGGUAUGCAAUGCGUGUGGCAGCAGGCGAAAAAGGACCCGGGCGACUGGGUCGAGGAAAACUGCCCGUGGCUCUUUGACGGGUUCUGUCCCUGCCACUGGCAUGAUCGCGGACACCACGACUACGGGUUCUGUCCCUCGUCGGGUCGGAAGCCUUUCAAGCUUGUGAAGUAUACUGAUACACACGAGGGAAACUUUACGCAGAUGCUGGUUGGGGAUAGCAACUAUGCCAAGCUGUUUCCCACCGGAGAGACCCAGGCCGGAGAUCAGGACCAGACUUUGAGUGAGAUACACGGUGUGGCCAAAGACUUGGGUCUCGACGGCGAGAUGCUCGUCGACAACAUAGAUGCUCAGAAGCCCCCAAACGACCGAACGCAGCAGGGUGGCAUGGACAUGAUGGUCUCUGAGAGCGCCGAUACCGAGGGUGUUUCUACCGGCGAGGCUCAUGGCCAGACUCAGAAUGAUGAUGUCCACGAUGAGGAAACCCUUCUGGGUUUCGGACCCAUCGUUGAGUAUGUUCGUGCCCAAGAAUCGGCUGAGGACUCUGAGCAGCACUACCUCACUUGA